UGUGGGCGGCGGGGCGAGCCGGGUGGGCCCGACCCCACCCCUCGCGGGCCUGCCAGUCGCUGCGCAGGACCUUCCCUCGGGCUGGGGCCGGACCCGCCCCGCCACUUACCCCGCCAGCCUAGUCCUCCGCGGCGGUGUCUUCGACCGCAGGAGCUGAUCGGGGCUUGUCUGCUCCGCAGGGCCGCGGCGAGAGGGUGAGAGUCCGCGCCUCCGAGGGAGCCGCCCCCGCCUCGGCCCGCGCCCUGCGGGGCCCCACCGCACCCGAGGGGAUGGAGAGCCGGCCCCGAGGCCCCAGCUCGGCCCGCGAUCCCACGCUGGCCGGCCCUCGCUAGCUGCUCGAAUUGUGCGUUUUACCCACCACCUUAGGCCUUGUCUCCUGAGUCUGUGGCGUUUGCGGUUUGAAAGAAAUGGAAGAAAAGGAGCGAUGUGACCAAUUCCGUUCAAUCCUCCUGCAUUGAGGCCUGGUUGGCAUUUGCAGAGAGGAAAAUACGGCAAGAAAAUUGUGGGUUUUGUUUUGUUUUGUUUUGUUUUUUGAAGGGGAGGGUGGGAGAGGGGAAACAGGGUCUUAGAUCCUCUAUGAUUUUUUAAAAAUUCUGCACUUUGACAGUGGUGGCGAAAUAACACUAAUCCAAAAGUGAUCUUUUCUUUUGAUGGAGGUGGAUUUUUGUUUUUCCUUUUGAUUCCAACCUUUCUCUCCGUGACAAAGCAUAAAUCAUGGACACCAGAAAAUAAGGUGGACCUCAGGAAUCCUGUAAAGACUGAGAAGCUUACAUUCUUCCUCUGGAGGGAAGGGUGGGGUGUUUUUAGCCCUCUCUGGAACCUAAAACGAAAACAUGAGUUGCGUGCCAUGGAAAGGAGACAAGGCCAAAUCUGAAUCUUUGGAGCUGCCCCAGGCAGCACCCCCACAAAUCUACCAUGAGAAACAGCGCAGGGAGCUUUGUGCCCUGCAUGCCCUCAAUAACGUCUUCCAGGACAGCAAUGCCUUCACCCGGGAAACGCUGCAAGAGAUUUUCCAGAGGUUGUCUCCAAACACCAUGGUGACCCCCCACAAGAAGAGUAUGCUGGGAAAUGGGAACUACGAUGUGAAUGUCAUUAUGGCAGCACUUCAAACCAAAGGCUAUGAAGCUGUCUGGUGGGACAAACGCAGGGAUGUCAGUGCCAUUGCUCUCACGAAUGUCAUGGGCUUCAUCAUGAACCUGCCCUCCAGCCUGUGCUGGGGUCCACUGAAGUUGCCUCUCCAAAGGCAGCACUGGAUCUGUGUCCGAGAGGUGGGCGGUGCCUACUACAACCUCGACUCCAAACUGAAGAUGCCCGAGUGGAUUGGAGGCGAGAGCGAGCUCAGGAAAUUUCUCAAACAUCACUUGCGAGGAAAGAACUGUGAACUCCUGCUGGUGGUGCCAGAAGAGGUGGAGGCCCGUCAGAGUUGGAGGGCCGACGUGUAACGCAGUGCUACCCAACCUUCCCUCACCUCGGCCCCCCAAGUCCUCUGUCAUGUGCUGUGGCCUCUGCAGUGGGUCUGCCCUUGCCAUUUCCCCAAACAUCUCACUGGGUUCCCCCUCAGAUGUGACAGUGCUGUAGGACAGACAGACGUGUGGGCUGUGACGAGAACCGCCAUCCAGCAUGACAUGGGACAGGAAGGGAGGAGCUCUGUGGGCUUAGGGCAACCUGUGGAAGACCCUUGUUUUAUUUGAGAGGAGAAAGGUGGGUCCUAGCUUAUCUUCGCCAUUCCUGCGAGAACUUGACAGAGGCUCUGCUGGAGUGCACUGCUGCUAUGACACCUCGAGAUGCUGCCUCUACUUCCCCUUUCCUGAUCUGGAGACACAGGACGUGCGAAGCCCAUGUGACUGGCUGGACGGACCCAGAGCAUGAGGGCCUCUCAGGAAACCAUCUCCAAAACCCCAGCAGUGGUACAGCAUGCCAUCUCCAACCCUUAAGGCCACCCAUUACCCCCAUUUUUGAGGGUGGUUCCUGGCCAUCCUUCAAGUUUUCUAAUGAAACACUCUCUAAUAUUCCAUGUUGGGUGGUUGAAUCCUGCGACAUCCUAGUAUGACAGGGUGAGCUAGAUACCGAAGAGGCUGUGGUGGAAGGCAGCCUGGGGCAGGCGCAGAGGGCCUGUCGCCUCCCCCCAGCAUUGUCCCUGCCACUUCACUACACUAAUUUCCUCUGGGGCACAAGACAGGCCAGAGGGCAGUGUUCCAGUUGACACACACUGGCAAAAUCAGGAAACGCCUGAGUCUGUUCUCAAUAUCCACUUCCACUAGUUUGAGAAACAGUUGAGUGAGGAAAGUAUUACAAAAAUAAGCUCCUGAGAGAUUAAGAGCAGCUAGAAUUGGCAGAAGCCUAGGCUCCGAGUCACUGUGGUGACAAGAAUCAGAAUCCUCAAGUUGGGUGUUUACGCGCAUUACGUAUGGCACCUGGACUCGUCAUCUUUAUUUAGUUUCCUUUACAAAUCAGCGAGAAUCCAUCCACCCCCUACCUCUUUAAAUAGUUGUAGCCCACUUUUCUCCUGUAACUUUGGAAAACAAGAGAAGGGGAGGGGAAGUAUCCCACCACAUUGGGUGUCACCAGGGUGGUUGUGGUUGCCUCAAGGCAGGGGGACAGGCAGAGACGGCCUGUCUGCCCUUUCCACAUGGGUGGUCUUGGCGGGUCUGAAAGCUGCCCCCACAGGCCAGACGUCUCUCCAGCAGCAAAGCCAGCCUGGGGCUUGCAUGUCAAGCCUGAGCAAGCUUAACAGGAUGAAGCUGAGGCUUUCUCCCCACUGUGACUGGAGUGCAUGUUUACACCAGCACUUUUUCUGCACAUGUAUCUUCAAUCCAACGAGGCCGUUUUUUAUGCUGAAUAACUGAGGCCACCAAGCGGCUACUGCAUCACACCUUCUCGGCAACUGGCUGCAGUCUCUUCUGCACCGUUUUCCAUACCAGACCUGCUUGGCACCACAGGGAGCUCCUUACCCUUGCACAAUGACAUUCCAACCACCACCAGCCAGAAGUUACAGCCAACCUGAUUGUCACAAGCAGGACCUUGGGUCCAUGGGCACUGUCAGUGAUAGUAAGCCAUUUCCUGGGAGGAGGGGGAAACUCCUCUCCACCCAUCUGCUUGGGCCUGUGCAAAUGGCACUUCAGAGGAGUCCCUGUGCACUUGGGAGUCCAUGAGCCAACGGGAUAUGCAAAGACGCUUAAACAUUUCAGGGCUGGUUUCUCUGUUCAUAUCCAAUUUUGGUGCUUAGGAACAGGGACCCAUGCUGAUGCCCAAGGGCAAAAAGCCCACUUCAAGGAAGGGGGCAGGCCUGACCCUGAUGCCCAAUAAGGGGCAACCCUAGGCUUUUUGUUUUUCUUGCUUUUAUUCCUUUUUUUGUUGGCCUUGUGCUGGGUUUGUUUACAAAAGAUGUAUUUUGUUUAACCAAAUAUUAAAAAUGGAAAACUCCGUACAUAAA